AUGAAUCUUCUUCCUUCCUUCCCUGUGGAGACAUGGGCCCUUUUGCUCGUUUUUGUAGUCCUCCUGCUAGUAUACGGGACCUGGCCAUUUGGUUUGUUCAAGAAGUUGGGUAUUCCUGGGCCAAGACCUCUGCCUUUCUUUGGGACGUGUCUGGAAUAUCGUAGAGGUUUCAUUGAGUUUGACAAUGAAUGUUUUCAGAAAUACGGGAAAGUCUGGGGGAUUUAUGAUGGCAGGCAACCUGUGGUGGCUGUCAUGGACCCCCAAAUGAUUAAAUCUGUGCUGGUUAAAGAGUGUUACUCCACCUUUACCAACCGGAGGCGUGCAGAUCUAGCAGGGGUGCUGAACAAUGCCAUCUCAUUAGCCGAAGAUGAACAGUGGAAAAGGAUUCGUACUGUGCUCUCUCCAACCUUCACCAGUGGGAAACUAAAGGAGAUGUUCCCUAUAAUGAAAGACUAUGGGGAAGUUUUGGUGAAAAAUAUCCAAAAGCAAGUGGAAAAGAACAAUGCUCUACCUGUAAAGGAAUUCUUUGGAAGCUACAGCAUGGAUGUUGUCACCAGCACUUCAUUUGGUGUGAACAUUGACUCCAUGAACAACCCCAAAGACCCCUUUGUGAGAGAGAUGCAGAAGCUGAUCACCUUUGACUUCUUUGACCCACUCUUCAUCUUGACAUUUGUAUGCCCAUUUAUUACUCCUCUUUUGGCCAAGAUGAAUGUAAGCUUCUUCCCUGGUGAUGCUGUAGAUUUCUUCAUGAGAUCCCUCUCCAAGAUUAAGCAGGAUCGUGAAAAGGAGGCUCACAAGGGCAGAGUAGAUUUUCUGCAACUGAUGAUCGAAUCCCAACACUCAAACAAUCAUGGGAGCAACGAAGCAAAUCACUCAUAUAAAGCCCUGACCGACAUCGAAAUCCUGUCGCAAGCAUUCAUCUUUUUAUUUGCUGGGUAUGAGCCCACCAGCAACACGCUCUGUUACCUGGCAUAUGAACUGGCCACACAUCCCGAUGUGCAGCAAAAACUGCUGGAUGAAAUAGACACCGUUUUACCCAACAAGGCUCCUCUCACUUAUGAAGCAAUAAUGCAGUUGGAACAUCUUGACAUGGCACUGAGUGAAACCCUUCGUCUCUUUCCCAUUGGAGGACGGCUGGAGAGAACCUGCAAGAAAGAUGUAGAAAUAAAUGGAGUGACCAUUCCCAAAGGAACCAUUGUCAUGAUACCACCGUAUACCCUGCACCGUAACCCCGAGUACUGGCCAAACCCAGAGGAGUUCAGACCAGAAAGAUUCACUAAGGAAAACAAAGAAGGCAUAGACCAAUAUACAUACCUGCCCUUUGGAGCUGGUCCCAGGAACUGCAUCGGGAUGCGCUUUGCUCUCCUGAUGAUGAAGACUGCCAUCACCAUCCUACUGCAACAUUUCACCUUCCAGACCUGCAAAGAAACUGAGAUCCCUCUCAAGAUGAGUUCACAGGGACUCCUAAGACCAAAGAAUCCAAUUAUUCUGAAGUUAGUCCCCCGGACCAACACUGCAUCAACAGAGGCAUAA